AGUUUCACAACUUCGCUAAUUUGAUUAUCCGUGCAGUGCAAAAACCGAAAGCAGCCAGGACGAGUUGGCAGUUUGUUAUCUAAUUUUCUUAAGAUUUGGGUUCUGGACGGCGUGUCGAUUUUCUUUCGGGAUUUUUGUUGGCCGUUCAAAUCAGAAUGGCAGAGCCGAGCCCCCGAUAUCAGCAGCUGCCCAACGUGGACGAAGCUGAAGGUAACCAGCAGGUAGCUGGAGACGCGCCCCCUCCUUAUUGCAGCGUCACAGAGGACAAUGCUGCUUAUUUUGACUACAAGGAGGAUGUGAGUUUCCCCAAGCCGCCGUCCUACAACGUGGCGACCACACUACCUUCCUACAACGAGGCAGAGAGGACCAAAGCGGAGACCCCGGCUCCCUUGAUAAUCGCAAGGCCUCACCACAGAGAACGUCUGGAGACUUUUGAUGGUGUCCUACACAGUUCACUGGAGGAUGAAGACUUUGUUAUCAGAGAUGACUUUGCAGAUGGCGAACAGUUGAGGAUAGGAAGCAAUGGCAUCUUCAUGCUCACCUUCUUCCUGGCAUUCCUGUUCAACUGGAUUGGAUAUUUGAUAUCCGUCUGUUUGACCACAUCGGUGGCCGGGCGCUGCGGGGCCGUCGCCGGCUUUGGCCUCUCCCUUUUCAAAUGGCUCCUCAUUGUCAGGUUCUGUUCGUAUUUUCCUGAUUACUUUGAGGGACAAUACUGGGUUUGGUGGGUGUCCCUGGUGGCUGGCUUCUUGAUGUUCCUCCGAGGCUUCGUCACCUACGCACAGAUCCGCAAGAUGGGCGACACCUUCACCACACUGCCCAGCACCCGAGUCGUCUUCAUCUACUGAGCUCAGUGACAUCAUAAUGCCAUUGUUUGAAGAAAAAAACAAUUUCUUUCCAUUCCUCUGCUUGAUAUAAAAAAGGUCAAACAAAAUCGUUUUUGUUCUCUUGCAAAUUCAAUUAAAAUAAAUGACCCUCACUCGUUUGGUGUUGUAACAGUGCUAAUUGCGAUUCUCAAGUGUAUGCCUUAUUUACUUGCGUGGCCGAAAUGCACUGUUUAGCCACCAGGGAGCAGUCUUGCCUGUAUCAUUUCAGGACUUCACAUUUGUACAUAGAAAGAUGCUUGUGAGGGAUGUUGGGCUCACAGGGCAAGGCAAAUAUCCUAUAUUAAACUUUUUAUUUAUCAUUUUUUUGUAAGUCAAUAUGUUUGAUUAUGCAGGCUGUAUAAGGAAUAAUAAUAAUUCGUUGGGGUUUUUUUAAUGUGGAAAAAAAAAAAAGGGCCAAACACCCUGGUGUUAAUGUUUAUCGUCAGGAAAUUUGCAAAAUGUUCAUGAAAACAAGCCUAACAAUGUAUUUAGGUAUCUAUUAAAGGUAGAAAUGGAAUUAAUGGUCACUUGUAUUUGUGUGUAGGGUCAACAUUUUUUUUAAACCAUACUAGUGUCCCUGAUUUGGAAAAUUAAAAGUCGGAAAAU